AUGGUGUCGAGUAAGAAGCCGGAUUUUGUAUUUUUGAUUGAGACAAUGGUGAAGAGUGAUCAUGCGGAAAGAUUGCGGGUAAAGUUGGGAUUUGAAGGGGUAUUUUAUGUGGAUCCUGAACGGCAACGUGGUGGUUUGGCAUUGCUAUGGAGGUACAAUAACACGGCAAGGUUGAUUAGUUACUCUAAAAAUCACGUGGAUGUGGAAGUCACGUUAGAUAAUCACCCCCCGUGGCGAAUGACAUGUUAUUAUGGGUUUCCCAAAAGAUCCAUGAGGCGGGAAUCAUGGGAGCUGUUAAAAAGGUUAUCAAUGCAAUCCACAUUGCCAUGGGUUGUCAUUGGUGACUUUAAUGAUCUUUUAUUCCAGUCUGAGAAGCGUGGAAAUAAUCCACACCCGGAGGGUUUGUUGCGGGGUUUUGGGGAGACACUAGACUAUUGUGGUUUGUUACAGUUGCCUAUGGAGGGGUAUCUGUACACUUGGGAAAGGGGUGAAGGAACAGAGGAUUGGGUUGAGGAGAAGCUGGAUAGAGCAGUGGCAACUAUGGAAUGGCGUGAGUUGUUGGUGGAAGCUAAGACGGUUAAUAUUCUCACACGUAAAUCGAAUCAUUCGGCCAUAUUCCUGAGUAUUUCUAAUCCUAUGAGAUUUGGGGUCGGUGGUCCCAGGGCGUUUCGUUUUGAAAUGGCUUGGCUUCUGGAUUCAGGUUGUCGUGGUGUGGUGGAACAGGCAUGGCUUGAUGGACAGGGGAAUGGGCUGCUGCAUAGUCUACAGUUGUGCAAAGACCGGUUACAGGCUUGGGGUGGUGACCGGUUUCAUAUGUUUGGUAAGCAGUUGAAACUCUUACAGGCCAAACUGAUGAAAUUGAAGGGAGGCAGAGGACCUGCAGUGUUAGCUGAGUACAAUACAAUUAGUGCUCAGUUGUCUCGUCUGGAGGCGCAGGAGGAUGUCUAUUGGCGGCAAAGGGCAAAGCAGCAUUGGCUACGUGGGGCGGAUGCUAACACCAAAUUUUAUCAUAGGUAUGUUUCAUCUCGUAAGCGGAAAAAUUUCCUAAAUAAAUUGAAAGGGGUUGAUGGAAAUUGGGUUACUAAGGGUGCUAUGAAUACUGUUGUUAUUGAUUACUUUGUUGAUAUUUUUAAGUCAUCUAAUGCCCCACCCCAUAGUAACUUUUUUGGUACGGUGCUCCCCCGUGUGUCUGAAUCGCAUAAUGAGUCAUUGUUAGAACCUUUUGUGGCGGAGGAGGUAAAAAGGGCUCUGUUUGCUAUGUAUCCGGAUAAGGCACCUGGGCUGGAUGGAAUGAACCCAGGCUUCUAUCAGCACUUCUGGGGUGUUGUGGGGCCGGAGGUGACGGAGUUUGUGCUCAACUGCCUCAAUACGGGAGUUUUCCCGGAGGGCUUAAAUGAUUCGAAUGUUGUCCUGAUCCCGAAAAAGAAGGUCCCUGAGAACCCUGCGGAUUUGAGGCCAAUUGCGUUGAGAAAUGUGGUCUAUAAGAUUAUGGCCAAGAUGAUUGCGAAUAGGAUGAAGCCGUUUAUGGAUUCCAUUGUUUCGGAAUCCCAGAGCGCGUUCAUUCCUGACCGGUUGAUAACGGAUAAUAUUCUGGUUGCUGCUGAGGUGGGACAUUUUCUUAACAGGAAGCAAUGUGGAAAGACUGGUUGGGGGGCCCUAAAGCUGGAUAUGGCCAAAGCGUAUGAUAAGAUGGAAUGGUCUUUCUUAAGACAGAUGAUGAUUGCGCUGGGCUUUGCAGAAGGAUGGGUAAAUUUGAUUAUGUUGUGCGUUACUUCAGUUUCGUAUAAUAUUCUUAUAAAUGGUGCAGUUGGAGGAGUUGUGGUACCAUCACGGGGCCUAAGGCAAGGAGACCCAUUGUCUCCUUAUCUUUUUAUUAUUUGUGCAGAAGGUUUGUCCUUGAUGUUGCAGCAGGCGCAAUCGUUGGGAACUAUCCAUGGAUGUAGAGUAGCAAGGGGGGCUCCGGCUAUUUCUCAUUUGUUUUUUGCAGACGAUAGCCUAUUGUUCUUUAAGGCAAAUGCCCAGGAGGGGGGAGCGGUAAAGCAAUGUUUGGAGCUCUAUGAAAAAUUGUCUGGCCAGUCUAUAAAUUACCAUAAAUCCAGUAUAUGCUGCAGUAAAAACACAACAGAUGAGGAGAGGGAUGAAGUAGCGGCGGUGUUUGGGGUAGCCCAGGCUAAUGAUUUUGGAAAAUAUUUGGGAUUACCGUCGUUUAUUGGAAAGAAUAAGAAGCAGGUGUUUGCGUUUAUUGAGGAGAAGAUCCGGCAAAGGGUGGGAUCUUGGAAUAAGAAAUUGUUGUCACAAGCAGGUAAGGAGAUUCUGUUGAAAACGGUAGCACAGGCUAUGCCUACCUUUUCAAUGGGUGUCUUUUUACUAACAGACUCACUUUGUGUGGCGCUGCAAAGAACCAUGAAUAGGUACUAUUGGGAGAAGGGAGGUACGGGUGGAGGAGGUAUUCAUUGGAUGGCUUGGGAUCGACUCAGCAGGCCGAAGGUAGCUGGGGGACUGGGAUUUAAGGACCUAAAGGCCUUUAAUCUUGCAAUGUUGGGGAAGCAGGCAUGGCGUUUUCUUACAAAGCCAGAGUCUUUAGCUGCGAAAGUAUAUAAGGCAAGGUAUUACCCUAAAUCUAAUUUUAUUGAUGCCACUGUGGGAAAUAACCCAAGUUAUUGCUGGAGGAGUAUUAUGGCUGCUCAUGGCCUUGUAUGUGGGGGGAUAAAGAGGAGGAUUGGGAAUGGAGGGACAACAAUGAUAGGGGUGUCAGGUUUGAUUGAUCAGGAUACUCGUACUUGGGACCUGGAUAUUUUGAAUGAUAUUUUUGACCCAGUUGAUGUGAACCGAAUCCGUAGGGUGCCUGUUUGUCCGGACUAUGAGGAUUCAUGGUAUUGGUAUAAGGAGCAUAAUGGGUCAUAUUCGGUCAAAAGUGCGUACCGUUCCGUUGUGGGUGAGAUACAGAAUAAUACUGGAUUUAAUAGAUGGAAUGCACUCUGGAAGUUGGAAGUGCCACCUAGAUGGAAAACUUUUUUGUGGAGAGCCAUAAGUGGUAUUUUGCCAACUAUGACUGCCUUGGCAAGUAGAAGGGUUGAUGUGUCUUUAGCCUGCCUAAUGUGUCUUGAUUUUAAUGAAGAUGUUAUGCAUUGCUUGAUUGAGUGUCAAUAUGCUUGUCGUGUUUGGAAUGAUUCAGGCCUUGAUAUAGCUUCUGUGGUCGGGGGAUCCUUUGUGGAAUGGUUUCAGAAUGCAAUGUCUGUGCUAACGAUGGAUAAUCUAAUUAAAUUUGUUGCAGUAUUAUAUCACCUCUGGAGUGCACGGAACUCUGCAGUUUGGGAGGGGAGCAUGUGGAUGCCGAGGAAGCUAUGGAGUUGCGCCAAGGCAAGCCUUGCGGCUUGGGCAGCAGCACUGCCGAGGGGACCAAGAACGACACAACAGCAUCACUCCAGUGCCAUGCAGCAGCAUCCCCCCGUAACGCAUGGUGCGGUGUGCUAUGUAGAUGCGGCGUGGAGUUCUCUUUCGCGGACGGCAUCGUAUGGAGCGGUAAUAUUGGAUGGGGCCGGGGCCUUUGUGGCGGCAACAAGGGGUCAACUGCCAUUUUGUGAAAAUGCUAUCAUAGCGGAGGCCUUAGCAUGUAAAGAGGCGUUAUCGUGGUUGAAGGAUCGGCAAGUAACGGAGGUCACUAUGUUCACGGAUUGCUCGGUCUUGCAGGCCUAUCUAUCCAGAACUGGUUCACAACCCAGAUCGUAUGUUGGAAUCGUGGUUCAUGAGUGUCAAGUCGCUAUGGCACAAUUUAUUUCAUGUCAAUUUAAUUUUAUUCCUAGACGUUUAAAUGUUAUUGCUCAUACGUUAGCUACAAUGGUCACUGACCAGGAUAUUGCUAUGUUUUGGGACGAUGUCCCCCCUGAUGUUAUUAUUCCACAUUUAUAG